AUGGCUCGUGCCGGCCAAGUCAGAAACGAUCUCGAUUUAUAUAUCCAUAGAGGUUUAGAAUACACUCCAACAAGAGCAUUCACUGAUAUAUUCUUACAGUUGAAUUUAACAGAUGAAGAUACCUAUGACCUUUAUAAGGGUGAUAACUGUAGCGUCGUGGAAGAGGCCUUUCAACAAGAUAAUCGCAUAUUUGGACUACUUAAAGGAGUCAACCUCUGGAAAAGUCAUCAUCUUAACGUCUUUAACGACACCGUAAUCGGGAUCUCUACUCGUUUGCCAUAUAGUGUGCAAGCCAAAGUUAUGAAUGUAAAUUAUAUUCGUCUGGGUAUUUUUGUUGCCGGUGUGCUCCUUUUUCUCUUCGCUAAUCGUCUUGUACGGAAUGCUAUAUUCUACUACGGAAGCGGUUGUUCAUUCGGUUUAUUAGCUUCUUUACUCAUUAUUGUAUUUAUAUUCUACAGAAUGGCUCCA